AUGGCUGCGCUCACGAUGGACAGGAGCCGGCCACCGUUCCUCUUCCCCACCCUCCCGGUGCCCGUCCACAACCACAGCGAGGUGGAGACGGCCUCACCCAGCCCCGGCCCGCUGGGACUAAAUGAGGACGCCGGCUGGCCCGGCAACAGGACAGGCCCCUGGUACGCGCGGACCCCCGGGGAAGUGGCCGCGGCCAGCGUCUUCUUCGGGACCUUGUGGUUGUCUUCUGUCCUCGGCAAUUCCCUGGUCUGUUUGGUUAUCCACAGGAGCCGGAGGGCGCAGUCCACCACCAACUACUUUGUGGUGUCCUUGGCGUGCGCCGACCUCCUGGCCAGCGUGGCAGGCGCGCCCUUUGUGCUGCUGCAGUUCGCGCUGGGCCGCUGGGCGCUGGGCGGGGCUGCGUGCCGCCUGGUGCGCUUCACGCAGUACCUGACGCCCGGCGUGCAGACCUCCGUGCUCCUGUGCAUCUCUGUCGACCGCUUCUACACCGUCGUCUACCCGCUCAGCUUCAAGGUGUCCCGGGAGAAGGCCAAGAGGAUGAUCGCCGCCUCGUGGCUGCUGGACGCGGCGCUGGCCAGCCCCGUGCUCUUCCUCUUCGGCCCGGCCGGGGACGGCCACUGCCCGCACUUCCCCCCUGCGUCCUGGCCGGGCACGGCCUUCGCCGUGCUGCACGUGCUGGCGGCCUUCGCCGCGCCCUCGGCGUUGCUGGUGCUGGUCUACCGCCGGGUGGCUAGGCACAUCUGGAGGCUGGGCGGCCACGGGCGCGCGGUGCGCAGGACCAUGAACGUGGUGCCCAGGACCAAGGUGAGGACGGUGCAGGUGUUCCUGCUGCUCAGCCUGCUCUUCCUGCUCUCCUGGCUGCCCUUCCACGUGGCGCAGCUUUGGCACCCCGGCGAGCACGACGCCCGGCAGAGCGCGUUGGUGUUUACGGCUGUCGCCUGCAUCGCCUUCAGCUCCUCGGCCUCCAAGCCCGCGCUCUAUGCCAUCUCCAAUGCCAACUUCAGGCGGGGCGUGAAGGAGACCUUCUGCAUGUCGGCCACCAAGUGCUACCGCAGCAAUGCCUACACCAUCACCACCAGCUCCCGCAUGGCCAAGCGGAACUACGUCGGCAUCUCCGAGAUCCCGCCCCUCGCCAAGGCCGGCACCAAAGACUCCAUCUAUGACUCCUUCAACCGGGAGGCCAAGGGCAAGAAGCUGGCAUGGCCCAUCAACUCAAACCCGCCUAACACGUUCGUCUAG